AUGGCUCCGGGCCCCUUCUCCUCGGCGCUCCCCUCGCCGCCACCUGCCGCCCUGCCCUUUCUGCUGCUGCUCUGGGCCGGGGCAUCCCGUGGGCAGCCCUGCCCCGGCCGCUGCAUCUGCCAGAACGUGGCGCCCACGCUGACCAUGCUGUGCGCCAAGACCGGCUUGCUCUUCGUGCCGCCGGCCAUCGACCGGCGCGUGGUGGAGCUGCGGCUCACUGACAACUUCAUCGCGGCCGUCCGCCGCAGAGACUUCGCCAACAUGACCAGCCUGGUGCACCUCACCCUGUCCCGUAACACCAUCGGCCAGGUGGCCGCCGGCGCCUUCGCUGACCUCCGUGCCCUCCGCGCCCUGCACCUCGACAGCAACCGCCUGGCCGAGGUGCGUGGCGACCAGCUCCGCGGCUUGGGCAACCUUCGCCACCUGAUCCUCGGCAACAACCAGAUCCGCCGGGUCGAGUCAGCUGCCUUCGACGCCUUCCUGUCCACCGUGGAGGACCUGGAUCUGUCCUACAACAAUCUCGAGGCCCUGCCGUGGGAGGCUGUGGGCCAGAUGGUGAACCUGAACACCCUCACGCUGGACCACAAUCUCAUCGACCAUAUCGCUGAAGGUACCUUUGUGCAGCUGCACAAACUGGUUCGCCUGGACAUGACCUCCAACCGCCUCCAUAAACUGCCCCCCGAUGGGCUCUUCCUGAGGUCCCAAGGUUCGGGGCCGAAGCCGCCCACGCCGCUCACGGUCAGCUUCGGCGGCAACCCUCUGCACUGCAACUGCGAGCUGCUGUGGCUGCGGCGGCUGACCCGAGAGGACGACCUGGAGACGUGCGCCACCCCGGAGCACCUCACCGACCGCUACUUCUGGUCCAUUCCCGAGGAGGAGUUCCUGUGUGAACCCCCGCUGAUUACACGGCAGGCGGGGGGCCGGGCCCUGGUGGUGGAGGGCCAGGCGGUCAGCCUGCGGUGCCGCGCUGUGGGUGACCCUGAGCCCGUGGUGCAUUGGGUCGCACCCGAUGGGCGGUUGCUGGGGAACUCGAGCCGGACCCGGGUUCGGGGGGAUGGGACACUGGAUGUAACCAUCACCACCUUAAGGGACAGUGGCACCUUCACGUGCAUCGCCUCCAACGCCGCUGGGGAAGCGACGGCCCCCGUGGAGGUGUGCGUGGUACCCCUGCCUCUGAUGGCGCCCCCACCGGCCGCCCCGCCUCCCCUCACCGAGCCCGGCUCCUCAGACAUCGCCACACCCGGCCGACCCGGUGCCAACGAAUCGGCCGCUGAGCGCCGGCUCGUGGCGGCCGAGCUCACCUCGAACUCGGUGCUCAUCCGCUGGCCGGCCCAGAGGCCCGUGCCCGGCAUCCGCAUGUACCAGGUCCAGUACAACAGCUCCGCAGAUGACUCCCUUGUCUACAGGAUGAUCCCAUCCACCAGCCAGACCUUCCUGGUGAAUGAUCUGGCAGCAGGCCGCGCCUACGACCUGUGCGUGCUGGCAGUCUACGACGACGGGGCCACUGCACUGCCGGCCACGCGAGUGGUGGGCUGUGUGCAGUUUACCACUGCCGGGGAUCCCGCGCCCUGCCGCCCACUGAGGGCCCAUUUCUUGGGUGGCACCAUGAUCAUCGCCAUUGGGGGCGUCAUCGUCGCCUCGGUCCUCGUCUUCAUCGUUCUGCUCAUGAUCCGCUAUAAGGUCUACGGCGACGGAGAUGGCCGCCGCGUCAAGGGUACCUCCAGGUCGCCUCCGCGGGUCAGCCACGUGUGCUCGCAGACCAACGGCGGCGCAGGCGCGUCGCAGGCCCCGCCCCCGCCGGCGCAAGACCGUUACGAGGCGCUGCGCGAGGUGACGUCCCCAGCUGCUGCCGCUUUGGCGGUCGAGGCGAAGGCCACCGCCGCCGAGAUGGAUUCCACCGAGCCAGAGGCCGUCCUUGGACGCUCCCUGGGCGGCUCAGCCACCUCGCUGUGCCUGCUGCCGUCUGAGGAAAUCUCUGGGGAGGAGUCUCGGGCCACGGCGGGCCCUCGGAGGAGCCGUUCCGGGGCCUUGGGGCCGCCAGCUUCGGCGCCCCCCACUCUAGCUCUGGUUCCUGGGGGGGCCCCGGCCCGGCCGAGGCCGCAGCAGCGCUAUUCGUUCGACGGGGACUACGGGGCACUCUUCCAGAGCCACAGUUACCCGCGCCGCGCCCGGCGGACAAAGCGCCACCGGUCCACGCCGCACCUGGACGGGGCCGGAGGGGGCGCGGCCGGGGAGGACGGAGACCUGGGGCUGGGCUCCGCCAGGGCACGCCUGGCCUUUACCAGCACCGAGUGGAUGCUGGAGAGUACCGUCUGA